AUGUUUAUAAUAGUUUCGGAUGAAAAAAACGAACGAAUGUUUCUGGUUAGAAUCAAGAAUUCUCAGAAGUUAGAACUUUUAAAGCGGCAAGUGUUUCAUUAUAAGAUCAAACUAAAACGGAAAGUUGAUCUAGAUCAACUUCCCAUCAAAGGGAUGAUCCAUCUCACAAUAUUACUGAAAUAUACAAUUGCAUUACAAAAAAAUACUACUCGGCAUGAAAUCCGUGAGAAAUUUGUUGAAUAUUUAAAGAAAUUCGUGAUGCGGCCGGCGAAGUCCAGUGAUAGAAGAUCUUUUUGA